GGGGGGGCGGGCUCCGGGCCUGGCAUCCCGGUAGCUGCAGCUGGCUUUUCCGGCACCCGCGCCCCCUCGGCCCGUAGCCGACCCCUCCGGCUCUCGGGGAUCCCCCCUCCCCCGGGCGGCUGCGUCCCCCGGGCGGAACCAUUGCCAUCCCUAGUCUUCCGGAUUUGGGGGAAGGGUGGCCCCCAGGAGCUGGGAGGGGACUUGGUACCCAAAUGCUGAGGGUGUGGAGUCUGCCAUUGCCCAGAGAAGUGGCCAGGACCAGUCUGCUCCCCAGGAACUCUGAGUUGCUGGUCUCAUAACCCAUUGGUGGCAUCUUCUGCCUGCUCUCCACCAUGGCCAGCGAGAAUUCUCCUCUGCUGGCCUACCGGCUCCUGGGAGAUGAGGGGGUUGCCUUCUCUGCCAAUGGGGCCGGGGGUCCUGGAGGGGCAUCUGCCCGGAAGCUCUCCACCUUCCUGGGUGUGGUGGUGCCCACGGUCCUGUCCAUGUUCAGUAUAGUUGUCUUUUUGAGAAUUGGGUUCGUGGUGGGCCAUGCUGGGCUGCUGCAGGCUUUGGCCAUGCUCCUGGUUGCCUACUUCAUCCUGGCGCUCACCGUCCUCUCUGUCUGUGCCAUCGCCACCAACGGAGCUGUGCGGGGGGGUGGAGCCUACUUCAUGAUCAGCCGGACCCUGGGGCCUGAGGUUGGGGGCAGCAUCGGCCUCAUGUUCUACCUGGCUAAUGUCUGUGGCUGUGCUGUCUCCCUGCUGGGGCUGGUGGAGGCCGUGCUGGAUGUCUUCGGGGCUGACUCCGCAAGGUCCAGUGGGCUUCAGGUCCUGCCCCAGGGCUACGGCUGGAACCUGCUCUAUGGAUCCCUGCUGCUGGGCCUUGUGGGUGGGGUCUGCACACUGGGGGCUGGCCUCUAUGCCCGAGCCUCCUUCCUCACAUUCCUGCUGGUCUCUGGAUCCCUGGCCUCUGUGCUGGUCAGCUUUGUGGCUGUGGGACCCAGGAGCAUCCCCUUGACCCCUCGGCCUGGCCCCAAUGGCUCCUCCCUGCCGCCCCAGGUUGGCCACUUCACUGGCUUCAACAGCAGCACCCUGAAGGCCAACUUGGGUGCUGGCUACUCCAAGGACUACACCACGGGGGCCAUGAUGAACUUCGCCAGUGUCUUUGCUGUCCUUUUUAAUGGCUGCACGGGCAUCAUGGCAGGGGCCAACAUGUCAGGGGAGCUGAAGGACCCCAGCCGGGCCAUUCCCCUGGGCACCAUUGUCGCUGUCGCCUACACCUUCUUCAUCUACACCCUGCUUUUCUUCCUCUCCAGCUUCACCUGUGACAGGACCUUGCUGCAGGAGGACUAUGGGUUCUUUCGCUCCAUCAGCCUGUGGCCCCCACUAGUGCUGAUUGGUAUCUACGCCACGUCGCUCUCGGCCUCCAUGAGCUCCCUCAUCGGGGCCUCCCGCAUCCUCCACGCUCUGGCUCAAGAUGACCUCUUUGGAGUGAUCUUGGCGCCGGCCAAGGUCGUGUCCCGAACAGGGAACCCCUGGGGGGCUGUGCUCUAUUCUUGGGGCCUAGUGCAGCUGGUGCUCUUGGCUGGGAAGCUGAACACGCUAGCCGCUGUGGUCACCGUCUUCUACUUGGUGGCCUAUGCUGCGGUGGACCUGUCCUGUCUGAGCCUGGAGUGGGCCUCAGCCCCUAACUUCCGUCCCACCUUCAGCCUAUUCUCCUGGCACACCUGCUUGCUGGGGGUGGCCUCCUGUCUGCUCAUGAUGUUCCUCAUCAGCCCUGGGGCCGCCGGCGGCUCACUGCUUCUCAUGGGCCUUCUUUCCGCCCUGCUCACUGCUCGAGGAGGCCCCAGUAGCUGGGGCUACGUCAGCCAGGCCUUGCUUUUCCACCAGGUACGUAAAUACCUGCUCCGGCUGGAUGUCCGGAAGGACCACGUGAAGUUCUGGCGGCCCCAGCUGCUGCUACUGGUGGGGAACCCCCGGGGCGCCCUGCCUCUGCUGCGGUUGGCCAACCAGCUCAAGAAGGGGGGCCUCUAUGUCCUGGGCCACGUCACCCUGGGAGACCUUGACUGCCUGCCCUCGGACCCUGUGCAGCCCCAGUACGGGGCAUGGCUCAGCCUAGUGGACAGAGCCCAAGUGAAGGCCUUCGUGGACCUCACCCUCUCGCCCUCCGUGCGCCAGGGAGCUCAGCAUCUGUUGCGGAUCUCCGGCCUUGGUGGCAUGAAGCCCAACACGUUGGUCCUGGGUUUCUACGAUGAUGCUGCACCCCAGGACCACUUCCUGACAGACCCUGCUUUCUCCGAGGCUGCUGAUGGCACCCAGGAGGGCGGGUCCCCAGCCCUGAGCACCCUGUUCCCUCCACCCCGGGCUCCCGGGAGCCCCAGGGCUCUCAGUCCCCAGGACUAUGUGGCCACGGUGGCAGACGCCCUCAAGAUGAACAAGAAUGUGGUUCUGGCCCGGGCCUGUGGGGCCCUGCCCCCUGAGCGGCUGAGCCGGGGGUCUGGGGGCACCUCCCAGCCGCAUCACGUGGAUGUGUGGCCCCUCAACCUGCUGCGGCCCCGGGGCGGACCCGGCUAUGUGGACGUGUGCGGCCUUUUCCUACUGCAGAUGGCAACCAUCUUGGGCAUGGUGCCUGCUUGGCACAGUGCCCGGCUCCGGAUCUUCUUGUGCCUGGGGCCUCGAGAGGCCCCCGGGGCGGCCGAGGGGAGGCUGCGGGCACUGCUGAGCCAGCUGAGAAUCAGGGCUGAAGUACAGGAGGUGGUGUGGGGAGAGGGGGCUGGGUCUGGGGAGCCUGGGGAGGAGGAGGAAGGGGACUUUGUGAAUGGCAGGCGGGGAGAUGCCGAGGCAGAGGCCCUGGCAGGCAGCGCCAACGCCCUGGUUCGGGCCCAGCAGGGGCGCGGCAGAGGAGAAGGGCCCGGUGGGCCUGAGGGUGGGGAUGGCGAGGGCGGGCCUGCCACGGCCCUCACUUUCCUGUACCUGCCUCGGCCGCCAGCUGAUCCUGCCCGCUACACUCGCUACCUGGCGCUGCUGGAGAUUCUGACCCGUGACCUGGGCCCCACACUGCUCAUUCAUGGCGUCACCCCGGUCACUUGCACUGAUCUCUGAUGCCCGGGUCCUGAAGCAGAGUGCGCAGGUCCAGCGACCCGCCUUGGUUAGUGGAUGUGAAGGGGAAGGGCAGCCUUCCGGCCUGCUCCACACACGGGAGCUUCCCAGGGGAAGUAUUAGGGGAUCCUGGGUUGGGGCGUCCCGUCCCUGGGAGAGGGGCUUCAGUGUCCCCGCCACGCUGGGGGAGGAAGCCAGCAGUCCUCCCCACUGGCCUCCUUCCUUCACCGGUGCCUUGAUGGAGGCUGGGUCUCUGCUUGGACUCUAGGCUACCUCAGUUUCCCCUCGCCCAACAGAUUCACAGACCGCUGAGGUUGUGAUGUUUUUGUUGUUUUAUUUUUCUAACCGCUGAACGUGAAUAAAAGACCAAAACACUA